AAAUAAUCCCCAAAUCCUUCUCUCCAUCAUCACUUCACAGUUCACACGCUAAUUCACGCUCUCUUUCUGCAAAGCUAGGUUAGAAUCUUCAAGUUCUUCACUGAGAUGGCUCGCACGAAGCAAACAGCAAGAAAAUCGACUGGAGGCAAGGCGCCGAGGAAGCAGUUGGCUACUAAGGCUGCUCGUAAAUCGGCACCGGCAACCGGAGGAGUGAAGAAGCCACACCGUUUCAGGCCUGGAACUGUCGCUCUAAGGGAGAUCAGGAAGUAUCAGAAGAGUACUGAGCUCUUGAUUCGCAAGCUUCCUUUCCAGAGGCUUGUGAGAGAAAUCGCUCAAGAUUUCAAGACCGAUCUCAGGUUCCAGAGCAGUGCGGUUGCCGCUCUCCAGGAAGCUGCCGAGGCGUAUCUCGUGGGGCUCUUCGAGGACACCAAUCUGUGCGCCAUUCACGCAAAGAGAGUGACCAUCAUGCCCAAAGACAUCCAGCUUGCUAGGAGGAUUAGAGGCGAGAGGGCUUAAAAGCUUCUUUUGAUCCUUGUAUUUCACUGGAUACAUAUCGUCUGUGUUUGCUCUAGAUUGUUCACUGUCUAGGUUUUUCUAUGUGGAUCGAUGCUUAUGUUGAAAUGAAAAUAGAUUCCAAUU